CGUGGUCGGUGAGAAUCGGGGUGUUGGAAGCAGCGAAUAGGUCAUCGCACGGAAGUCGGUCCGUUUCGUUCGGUCAGGAUAGGCUGCUCUGCUGAUCGUUCUUGCGCUCCGUUCACUAGUCACUCACCAAUUCAACAUUCCAAAGGCCGGGUCUUCUUACCGCCUCUUCGACACUACACUCUGAUAACUCGCUCUCAGCGACCCGCACUAGUUAAACGUCACCAUGUACGCCUGCACCAGAUUCAUCGCACCCGUCGCCAGGUCGACGUUGGUCUCUGGAACGAAAAACUACGUCCGGCCGUUGAGCACUGCCGUGAUCACCCACAGCCAGUCUAUACAGCAGAACCAGCUCCAGAGCCCAGCCAGUGUUUCGCCGCUGCAGUCGCCGAUCGUGCGCGGUUUCCAAACGUCCACAAUUAGCCGUGACAUUGACUCCGCUGCGAAGUUUAUCGGCGCUGGUGCCGCAACCGUGGGUGUCGCCGGUUCAGGAGCUGGUAUCGGUUCGGUGUUCGGUUCGUUGAUCAUCGGUUAUGCAAGGAAUCCCUCUUUGAAACAGCAGUUGUUCUCGUACGCCAUUCUGGGCUUUGCCCUGUCCGAGGCCAUGGGUCUCUUCUGCCUUAUGAUGGCUUUCUUGCUCCUGUUCGCGUUCUAAGUCACCGAAUUCGCAUAAAAUAAAAACAACACAAUACUGCUAGUUUUUAGUGCGUCACUGCCGAGGCAGCGUCCUCUGAUUCCCUAGAGAUAGAGAAACAGCGGCAGUUGCUUUUGGUGCACGGGAUGCCAUGAAAUCAUUAGAGAUGCUCGAGCGUCCGGUUCGUGACGGGGUGUGCGACGGUGCGACAAUGAAUAUAAAAAAUAUUACGGCGGCUGUACACGUGUAUUCUGGACCAUCCGAUCGGACCGUCCCGAACCCCUUCGGGGCCUGAUUCGAACGAAUUUUUAAUCAUUUCAUGGUCUGCUGUAUAUCAUUGUAGCGUAAACUCACAUUAUUACAAGAGGAAAUAAUGGAUUUCAGUAAGAACGUUAACGAAAAUGUUUAUUAAAGAUGAACAAAAAAAAGUAAUAAAAGAAACAAAAAAACGACAGCCCUGCCUGAUGUAAAACCCAUAAUUCUAUUACACGCGCGUAAUAUUAAUUAUUAUUGUCUCAUUAAUGAAGUAGUACACGUCGGACAUUUUUGUCACGCCCGGAGCGACAAAUUAAUGGUUCAUCAUUGUUGUGCCAUCGCGUGCGCACGUUGUUGAGGUAACUGGACGAAGGAAACUGUGUACAGUGAAUCGAAUAAAAACACUUUGUCGUGAAAUUAUUAUCGAA